GCUUUUCAUUGAUUCUUUUUAUCAUCGUAGCGAAGUGUAGAUGUGAAAAUUUCGAAUGGUGCGAAAUUCGAUUGUAAUCUAGUGGAAAAGAGCCAUCAUUUGGCUAAAAUUUGUUGAACGAUGAUAAAUAACAAACCGGGGUCUGGAUACAAAGGCCCAGUUACAGUAAAAGUUCGGUUACGCUAGGAAAAAAUGAUAGUGAAAAUUUGAGGGAGUGUAAAAGCCUUCGCUAGGCUUAAAAAAAUUCACAUCGUGGUAAUCGUAGAGUAAAAAACUCUACAUCAGGCUUGCUCGCAAAGCAGAUCAGCAUGAGAAGAAAAAAAUGGUAGUGAAAGAUUCACCGUUCUGGAGAACUGUUCAGUUCUAUUUGAUUCGUAAAAUUCCGUAUUUUCAUUCAGUAUAACAUUUAGUGGUUCAGUGAACAACGGUGAAGUGGAAUCAGCAAUCCUGGUGACAGAGGCCAAGGUAAAAGGAAGAGCGAACAAUUGAUUAAACCCACACUCUCGAUUAUCGAGUGGGACUAACAUAAGAAUAAAUGUUUGCUGACCAGUGAAAGUGUAAAAGUCAAAUCGAUGAUUCUAAUCCUCGUUACAGUUACAAUCCAUGUACCACCGAAUGUACCAAUGUAAUAAGCGAAAUCUAUUAGCCAAAAAACGAAAGAAUUUUGUGAUUUUUGUGCGAUAAAAAUAAGUGCGAAGAAAAAAAAAAGGAUGCAGAGUGCUUCAAUCGAAUAGCAAAUCCGGCGCGAAAUACAAUAUUUAACGAGUGACGAUAUGUAUAAUUGUAUGGAAAUAUAGAAUCCAAAGUUGUAACAUCGUUAUAUUGCUGUUAAAUUCACGCAAAAGUUGUUUCGAGAUGCAAUGUUACACCAAGUUUAAUGAUUGAAGCUAUGGGAAGGAAAAGUGUUAUAAACUGAUGUUAUUUUGCGAUUUAUCACCAGGUCUAAUGUAUAUAAAACUAUGGUAUGAAUAUCAAAUCGAAAUCGUCGCAAAUAUUGAAAAUUUAUAAAUAAUACGACCGCGGAUCAUUCGCGGCAUAUUAUGUCUCGUGAAGUUUACAAUUCAGGUCAAGCAAUAAAUACAGGCACUAGAAGUCCCGGUCGCCCAAACAGACGCUUAACAGAACUGCCAACCGUCGAUAGGUCGCCUUCGAGAGACUACGGAGCCCGAGGAAGUCCUUUAGCGAUGGGUAGCCCAUACUAUAGAGAUAUGGAUGAGCCAAUAAGCCCAGCUGGAGGCGGUCAUCAUCGUAGCAGAAGUGCAACACGAGCACCAACCCAUACAAUGGAGUAUCCUCGAGAUCAACUCAGAACACGUUACCAAUCGCUGGACAGAGGAUUAGUUGAUCCUCAUGAUCGCGAAUUCAUCCCUAUUCGAGAACCGCGAGAUCGAUCUCGAGAUCGUUCCUUAGAGCGAGGACUAUAUUUGGAGGAAGAGCUUUACGGUCGGCCAACAAGACAAAGUCCGAGUCAUAUGAGUAUGCCAGACCGGGGGUAUCUGGGUGAUCUGCAGGUGCAAAAUAAUGACCUGCAACGCGAACUUGGGAACCUGAAAAAGGAGUUAGAGCUUACAAAUCAAAAACUAGGUAGUUCCAUGCACAGUAUCAAAACAUUUUGGUCCCCAGAGCUAAAAAAGGAACGGGCUUUACGUAAGGAAGAAAGCGCCAAAUAUAGUCUAAUCAAUGAUCAGUUGAAGCUGCUAAAUAAUGAAAAUCAGAAACAAGCUAUGUUGGUACGACAGCUUGAGGAAGAGUUACGUCUUAGAAUGCGGGCACCUAAUAUCGAAAUGCAGCAACAAAUGGAAGCAUUGUACGCGGAAAACGAGCAUCUACAGCGAGAAAUUUCAAUACUCCGCGACACAAUUAAGGAACUAGAGCUCCGGAUAGAAACGCAGAAGCAAACUCUGCAAGCCCGCGAUGAGAGCAUUAAAAAGCUGCUGGAGAUGUUGCAAAGUAAAGGAAUGGGUAAAGAAGAAGAGCGUCAAUUGUUCCAGCAAAUGCAAGCCCUAGCACAAAAGCAGCUGGAUGAGUUUAGACUUGAGAUACAGCGCCGUGAUCAGGAGAUAAUGGCAAUGGCUGCCAAAAUGAAAACACUGGAGGAACAGCACCAGGACUACCAGCGUCACAUCUCGGUACUAAAGGAGUCAUUGUGCGCCAAAGAGGAGCACUACAAUAUGCUACAGGCAGAUUUGAUGGAACGUAAAAUGGUUGAAGAGUUGAGAAAUCGCCUCGAAGAAAAAAACCGAAUGAUCGAGAAAAAAACUCAGAACGCAAUGCAAUCCGUACAGGAAAAAAAUCGCGCUCAAACUGAGUUGACAGAACUCAAAGAGCAUAUGGACAUUAAGGAUAGGAAAAUCAAUGUGUUGCAACGAAAGAUCGAGAAUUUGGAGGACUUAUUAAAGGAGAAGGACAACCAGGUGGACAUGGCCAGAGCACGACUAAGCGCCAUGCAGGCUCAUCAUUGCAGUUCAGAAGGAGCCCUCUCUAGCUUGGAAGAGGCUAUCGGCGAUAAGGAGAAACAGAUGCAGCAGUUACGUGAUCAACGUGACCGCGCUGAAUCAGAGAAGAAGGAGGAACGUGAGCUCCAUGAACGAGAAUUAGCUGAAUACAAGAUGAAAUUACAUUCUCUAGAUAGUGAAGUAGAAAAACUCACCACUCGUCUUCACCGAGCGCUGAAUGAGAAGGAUCGCCUUGAAUCCAAACUUGAAUGUUCUCAAAGUGAACUCGGUAAAUCUAAAGCUGAGUUGGACAAGGCAGCCACCGAUGUCGGGCGUAGCGGAGCAGAUUGGGAAAACGCCAAACAGAGAAUUUCAAGACUUGAACUUGAAAAUGAACGACUUCGAGCAGAUCUUGAACGGUCACAGCAGACGACGUUCGGUAGGUCGACCUUGAGCACAUCACAAGAAUUAGAUCGUGCUCAAGAACGUGCCGAUAAAACUUCAGCUGAACUACGACGAACUCAAGCUGAACUGAGAGUUACACAGUCUGAUGCCGAACGGGCAAGAGCCGAAGCAGCAGCUUUGCAAGAGAAAUUAGAAAAAAGCCAAGGAGAGGUUUACAGACUCAAAGCAAAACUAGAAAACGCACAAGGCGAACAGGAAAGCUUAAAACAGGAAAUGGAAAGAAGUCAAACCGGAAUACAACGAAUUGUUAGCGAAAGAGAUAAGGCGUAUGGUGAGCUGGAUAAGAUUCGCGAAGAGCUAGAACGAAGCCAAGCAACGCUUGGAAAAUCUCAGUUACAGCAAGAGAAAAUCCAGAAUUCGCUCGAUAAGGCCCAGAAUGAAGUGGAUCAUCUCCAAGAGAAACUAGACAAAAGUCUUGGGGAAGUUAGAAGGCUGCAACUUGAAAAAGAAAAAAUUAACUAUGAAUUCGAGAACACCCAGUCACAACUUGACAAACAACUUGGCCAGUCUUCUCGAAUUCAAAAAGAAAAGGAAGCUAUCCAGAUGGAUCUAGAGCGCUACCGAGAUAAGGCCGAUAAAUUACAAACGGCCAUGAGUCGGUUACAGAAGGAAAGGGACGUAUUAUGUGACGAACUGGAGAAACUGAAAGAAAAGGGAGAAUCUUCCCAGAGCGCAGCCCUCAAAUAUCAACGCGAACGUGAUGCCAUUCAAACCGAACUUGAAGUUGUGAAGGAACGUUGGGAAAAGGCGCAUCAAGUGCACCAAAAACUUCAAAUGGAACGGGACGAUGCAGUAACGGAAAUUGACAUCUUGAAGGAGAAGUUAGAUAAGGCUCUGUACGCUAGUCAGAAACUAAUUGAUGAAAAGGACAACUCAAAUAAGGAGUUUGAAAAAAUGCUAGAGAAAUAUGAUCGAGCACAAAACGAAAUCUACCGGUUGCAGUCCAGAUGUGAUACAGCUGAAGCAGACCGCAAUCGAAUUGAGGUUGAAGCCGAAAGAUCAGCUCUGUCUGCAGCAAAAGCAAAGGAAGAUCUCAGAAAAUUGCAAGAAGAAACUACUCGACUGCAAGAAGCAUGCGAUCGUGCAGCUAUGCAACUUGGGCGGUCCAAAGAAUUGGAAGAUAAGGCGAAGGAGGAUGUUGAUCUCAUACGCGAACGACUGGAUAAAAUACAGGCCGAUCUCCGAAGAGCACAAUCUGAAAAGGAUAAUUUGCAAACCGAAAUCGAGAGGCUCACGUAUGAAUUAGAUCGUUCUCAUAAUAGCUACAACAAACAGACCGCUGCACUUGAUGCUGCACAAGAAGAAGCGGCACGAUACAGCUUAGAGAUCGAAAAAAUGCGAGAUCGUUACGAAAAAACCGCCGCAGAGAUGCGUCGUCUACAAGAGAAUGAAGCGUUCUCCAGAGAAUCGCGACGUCUGAAAGAAGAAAAUGAUCGACUUCGCGACAAGUACGAAAAAAUAAUGAUGGAAUUGGAGAAUUUCCGUAGUAAAUCACAGUACGAAGAAGAAUCGCUUGAAAAGUACAAACAGAAAUUCGAAGCUCGUGAAAACGAAUUUCAGACCAUUGAGCUUAAAUUACACGAAACUACUUUGCAGCUUGAAUUGGCGCGCCAAGAAGUUCAAAAACUUAUAUCGAACCAAGAUAAGCAGCGGACUGAUGCCGAACGUGCUCAUAUCGAAUACGAAAAAAUUCGCGAUAAACACGAGAAACUGUUGAAGGAAGUUGAACGGUUGCGACAGAAUCCAGGCUCAGCCGUAAGUCCAAGUGCAUUGGCUGCUGCCUCCGUGGGCAUGGGAGAUAAGGCAGAGCUAGACAGAUUGCGUGACCGGUUGGAAAAGGCAUUACAAAGUAGAGAUGCUACCGAAAUGGAAGCUGGUCGUCUAGCUAAAGAGUUGGAAAAGGCACAAUUGCAUCUAGCCAAACAGCAGGAAGCUUAUGAGGCGACAAGAAUUGAAUUUGAAAGGAUGUCAGCAGAACUAACACGGGUUCUAGAGAGGUUAGAGAAGUCGGAAGCUGAAAAAGAAACUCUCAGGCAAUCCACUAAGAUAUACGAAAAGCAUCACCAGCAGCAUGCUAGCAAUCACAUAGAACAAAACGUGCUGAAAAUAGAAGCUGACAACAAACAGCUGAUGGCGGAACGAGAUCAACUCGUAAUGCAACUAGAAAAGAGUCAAGACAUGCUAAUGAGCUUCCAGCAGGAACUUAAUGCUGCUGAACUUGAACUACAACGACAGUGUGAGGAAAACCGACGACUAAAAAAUUCACCACAAGGUGGUCAUGCUCAAAACCAAGCCAACUCUCAAGAAAUUCAAAAUUACAAGAAAGAAGUAGCACGCCUAAAGCAGAUGCUACAAGACACCGGGGCUCGUGGUGAUAGUGAACUUGAGCAGUGGCGUAAAGUUGUCGAACAAGAGAAAAAUAGAGCAGAUCAGGCUGAAAAGGCGGCCAUAGAACUUCAGAAGCGGAUGCAGGUUAUGGAACAGCAACUGAAGCAACAGUUACUACAAAUGACUAACAUGCAGAAACAGAUGACGCAGCAACAGCAGCAGCAACAGCCUCCUACACCUCAGCAGCCACAAGUCAAUCCAAAGGAAAUGGAAAAAGUUCAAGAAGAACUCAAAACUGCCAUCACUCAGCGAGAUCAAUUCCAAAAUCAACUUGAGUUACUGGUACAGGAACUGGAAAAAAGCCAGAUGGAAGCUCAAGAUGCAGCCAAAAAAGCCCAACAACACCAACAACAGCUACAACAGAUGCAACAACAAAUUCAACAACUACAGCAGCAACUUCAACAAGCAACGCAAGCAGCCAAUCAGAAAGCCGCCCAGAAUGCGGGUAUAUCGGAACAGGAUCGGAAACAGUUGGAGGCGCAAAUGAAACAAAUCGAAGACGCUACCAGGCUGCUAGAAAGUGAACGCAAGACUUUCGAAGAUCAGCGUAAAGUCAUUGAAAACAAGCGCAAGGAUUUGGAAGAAAAAGAAAAGAAUCUCGUAGAGUUUGAUAAACAGCUGAAAAAACGAAAAGAACAGAUGGAUCAACUGGAAAAAUCACUUCAGAAGGCUGGAGGAACUGCAGCUGCGGCAGGUGAACUGAACAAACAGUUAACAGAAACACAAACACAACUAGACAAAGUUACCAAAGAGUUGGAGAAUGCCAAAGAAGAUGCUCAACGUUCAGCAGCAGAAACGGAGAGAUUACUACAACUGGUGCAAAUGACACAAGAGGAACAAAAUCAGAAAGAAAAGACUAUCAUGGACCUUCAACAAGCUUUAAAAAAUGCUCAAGCGAAACUCAAGACAGCACAAUCACAACCACAAGACGCUGGACCAGCUGGUUUCCUGAAAAGCUUUUUCUAAACGGUAUGUUUGCAAAAACGCAACAUCCUGUCUGUCACACGAGAUCCUACAUUGCGAACACGUUCGUAUCACAAAAUUAUUUCAAUAACAAAAACGGCAGUAGCAGCACUUUGUUACGCGAAAAUUUUCAGAUUUAUAUGAUUAUCUUGAAUUCUUAGCAUGAGAUAUGCAAAAUGAAUAGCAAUUGUCGCAGCGGAAUCAAAUUUUCAAUCAUUCUUCUACAUUAAAAGCAAAAUAUUACCACUUGUUCAUAAGCAAUAAAUCAUUUGUAAAGAUCGCGUGCGUGUAUCGAUUUAGCGAGGUAAUUGUUACAACUACAAUAUAUAACAAAUUACAAUGCUGCCAUACUGAAUAAUUUAAGUAAACAUUUAGAUAAACACUACGGAAUCGUGAUAUUCAUCUAGUUGAAAUCGCUAAACACAAAAUUCUUUGAACAGUGCAUGAGAAUUCGAGAUAGUCAUUGUGCUGCUGAAAGUGUAGAUAAUAAUUGUGAAAAGUAUACACACGCAGUGUUGGUUUAUGAGCUUCGAAUAUUCGAAUCACCGGCGUGGUAAUGCAUGAAGUUAAUACAUCUCGUCCGACUUUCUAAUAUGGAGGAUAAGUACCAUAAUAACCACUCACAAUCCCAUUUCAAUUUUCACUUUCAAUCAAAACUUACCUGGCUAUCAAUUUCCCCUACCAAAAAUAAAUAGGCUAAAAUAACUUCAUCAUUUCCACCAUAACGCAGAUAAUUGAUUGUAGAGUUGUAGUGUAUUAUAAAGUCCUAUUUUUUCUCUCUCGCGCUUUCUUUGAUAAGUAACGGCUUGUACCUGCUCCGGGGUACUGUUAAAGCCGUCUUAGUCAAAAUCGCUCCGCAAUACUAACAUUUACGGUAAUAAAGUAAUGCAAGUCUUAGAAAUUGAUCAUUCUUUGCGAAACGAACAAAUUGUAAAGUAAUUCAAAGGAAAGCAAGAAGAAAAAUAGACAAUAAUUUAGCGGAACAUAUUAUAUAAGAAGAAUAAACUCGUCAUUUGGUGACAAAAAUGCGCAGACACUCUGUUCCAUUGAACGAGAUAUAAUCUAAGAGCAUAUGAAAGCUUUCGUGAGUACCAAACAGUAAACCAACAGUAUUGCAUUUUUUCUGGUCAAAUCACGAUCAUUGAAAUCGAAAUUCUGAAGUUUAUAUUUUCUCCUUCACUAUUUCCAUAUUUUCUCAGAAUAACUGGCUAGCCAAAUAUUGGAUAUUUUCUGUGCUUUAUACUAAUGUCGCUCACACUAUGCUAACAUCUGCACCAAACUGUUAAAUUUGAAAAUAAAACUGAACGGUAAAUGCUUGAUAACCUUCACCAAAUCUAUGUGCGCAUAAAAAUCGACAGAUAUUCUCACCCAAUCAUUAAUACUAUUCCGUCUAUCGUUUAAAUUAUCAACAAACAAUUGAAAAUAAUGAAAAUGAUACAAAAACUCAGCAUGUAUGUGCGUGUAUUAUUUAUGUCUAACGACUAUAGUUUUACUAGUACGGAGAAGUUAUAACCAUUAUAAAUAAAUUGUCAUACAGAUAUGAUAUUGAUAUUGUUAACGCAAUAUUUUGAAUGCAAGGCAUACCUAAACAAAAAAAAGUAAAAUAUACAACAAAAUAUAGUCCCUUAUGACAAACAAACAACUGAGAGGUUAUCAUACCAUUAUAUUGCACCAAAUAUUUUGUUGCAUCAUUAGGUCUCACACUCACAAUACAUCCUUCCUAUUAUUUUUUUUUGUUGGGCAUUACUAUACACUAGAAUCAAACGACGUUAUAUAUAUUAAUGAUAAUUAUCGAUACGAUGCACGAAAGGUAUAGCAGAAGACACCACUUAACGAUUUUAGGUUGACUCUCGGUUCAAUAUGCUGUUGCAACUUUUUGGCUAUGACGUCAACAAUAUGUUUGUUGUUUGCUGUCGAUUUUUAGCGUGCAAUAAAUAUGCACUAUAGUCGCAGCUAUUUUCGCUGUUCUAGCUUUGUUAUUCUAGAAAACAGGUUAUGCUGGAAAAAGGUUAUUAAACCGCAAGAUGGGAUACAUUUCGCGUUUUCCGACCGAUUUUAUAACCUUUAUUUUAGUAUGACAAAGGUAAAAACUCGAAAAUAACCACAUUCAUAAACGACUUUAGUGUUAGAAAAGUCCAGAUCGUGAGGGUGAAGUGAUAUCUAACUUGAAUCUUAGGAAUAAGAAUUCAGGAUUCCAAAGUAUGAGAAGACAACCUACCAUUAUCUCUGGGCUGAUAGAAAUUUCCAUAUCACUCAAUUAUUUUUUUUGCCGUUAGAUCGCAAUCACAAACAAUUGAUUCCAUUGCACGUAUGCUUGAAGAAAAGAUGAAACGGUUUUGCUAGCGUUAUAAAAACUAAUAGAACAUUUGAAAAAUUUAGUCGUUUCUUAUAGUUGCCAGAAAUUCAUUUCAAUUACUCUGCACUAGAAUUCUUUGGCUCUACGACUGAUUAUGAGUCAAGUUAUGCUUGAUUUGUUCAUUAAAACAAUAUCGUAAUGUCAAGUCAUUAUUUUAUCGAUCUCAAUUGAUUUCGAUAUUUAGAUAACCUAAUAAUUCUGCUGCUAUUUAAACUCAAACCAUAUAUCAUAAAGAUGUAGAAUAAAACAAUGUAGAUAUCCUGGAGCCAAUUUACCGCGCUGAUAACCGAAAUGUUUCUCCAGCAUAUAUUGCUGAUAUCAGUCAUCAAUAUGCGGUUCAUGUUUUAGACAUUUUUCAACGAGCGAAGUAAUGUGGUAUAGUUUGGUUCAAAACCAUAAAAGCUGGUAUAAACGGUGUUCACUCCUCUCUACGUACGCUUUUUGUUUUACCGAGAACACAUUUUAUUCAGGUGUUACGAGAGAGUAUUAUCAUCAGAAUGAAAUAGCGUAGUAAGUCCAAAAGCACAAAUUUUCGCAGAAGUGAUAAAGUAAAGGGAAGUAAAGAAUUUCUAUCUGUGCUAACGUCAAUUUUAGUACAUCGAAUUUGUUAAUAUUUCCGUACAAAGUAAAAUUUCCGCAAAGCUUUUUUUACGUACGUAGAAAAAUGAGCAUUUCGUAUAUCAUUUUCACUGUACGUAAUGGAUUUGGUGAGUAUCAAAGUCGUGAAAGUGUGUUGCCUGUUGCUACUCUAACAGCAUUCAUGACAACUUUGAAUAAAACUCAGAACUAAUUAUUUUUUAUUGGAAAUCGGUUCAGUUAGCGAUCUUUCGAAUGAAUUUUUUCAACAAAAAUAUUCAUUUAUUAGUAAAAAUUUAACUGCGUUUAAACAUGUGGAAUAAGUUUUCAUACAUCAUAAUACUCCUGUGUUCAAUCAGGAGUGAGUGCUAUUUCGAAGAAGUAUAUAAAAUAUUGAUAAUUUAAUAGCAAUGGAAUCUCUUGGCUUCAAAUGUAUGUCACAUAAACAAAAGAUAUAACAUCCAAGCCGGAAUGUAACACCUAUACUUUACUUUUCCGUGUAGAGUAGGGAGGGAUAAAAGUUCUCACCUAAUUGUUUUCGCGGCAGAACUAUUGCAAAAAAUGCUAUAAUAAAAAUCGGGUUUGUUACCAAGUAUUACGUGAGCCUUCUGUCUUCGAAACGAAUUACCAGAGUUUUUCAAAUUUUGUUUGUAGCAUGUAAUUUUCACUUUUGAAAAAAAAUAAUCAUAUGCGAACUUUUAUCAUGUAUGCGGGCAGUGUACAUGGCAAAAAUUCGCACUGUAUGUAUUUAUUACAACCCUUUAAGAAGUAUUUUUUGCUAAUUUUGCACCAAUUCUUACUAGCUGAUCAGAUUCUUAGAAAAGUCCAAUGUAUUUUGAAGUUUCGGAUAUAGAUUAAAUAUUCAGCAUUUGAUACUGCAUAUAGUAAAAGAUUCUUAGCAACAACAUCAUCAACAUCCUACAAGCACGAUAAGCGUCCAAUGAUCAUGAAAGACACAGUAGAGUCUUUUAGUAGAUUACUUUAUUGAAAUAUGUUCUUGCCUAGUCUAAUUAUUACCUUUAUCUUUAAAGAAACAUUGUUUUACCAUUAUUUGUAUCACUAGGUAAUUUCUGUAUUAAAAAUUUGUUGAACACUAUCCUAAUAGUAAGACGCUUAUUAUUAGUCUAAAUGCUGCAAAAUUUCGAAACUGCGAAAAGAAACGAUACAACGGCCGUUUCAUUCUCUUGAGUAGAAACUGAUAUUGAGUGUCACCCGUGUCAAUUCUCAGUGAAAAUCAUGUCAGUGAAAUAAAUAAAAUGUCUAAAUUAAUGCCGAAAUUAUUUGAUCUAAGCCAAUCUAUUGCAUGAAGUCAAUGAAGUAAAUAAGCUUAGGUAACACAGCGAGUGCGAAAUCACAGUACCUAAUGCUGCCAGCUUAUGGUUUCUGAGAUAUGACAUUUUUACAAAACAUGGAAAAUGAACUUUUUUCAAAAUAUGGCAAAAUGGAAGGCCCCGCAAUUGGAGGGGGUUGUCAGAUUGACACAAAACUUUAGAUUUUUCAAUUUUGACCUGAAACAAGUCAUUUUAUUCAUUUUGAAGCAAAUCGAAGGGGGUCGUUGCAUUUGCUUGAUCACUUGGUAUGGAAUGACCCAUUAACAUUUCGUCUAAGGUAACCUAACUGCAGUUACUUCACUGCAAUCCCGAUCAGAAGAGCAUAACUAAAAAAUUACAAAAUUCUAUCAACGCGAGAUACAAAUAAUAUAUUUUGAUACAAUUUUGUAUUUUUCCAUAUAAUUUUGAUAACAAAAUUGAAUCCGAAUGUGUAAUAAUAACAAAACCUGAAAUGAAGUAGUUCUAAAACAAGUCUAACUAAUUUUUCGUUUUUAUCAAAACCUGUUGUUUCUAACAAUGUUUGUUAUUAUAUUGUUCUAUAUACUAUCUUAUUUUGUUAGAAAGCUGAUACAUUAGUAACAAAUUUCGAUAUGUGUUUGAUACUAGUAGAAUCAUUUCUGUUAUGAUUUCUGUUAUUUUAACACCUAACGGGAUCAAAUUGAAGACACAGCCUGUAAGGUUUUUCCCGUAACAAACUAACAGCUUCUGUUACAUUUUGGUUUUUUCCUUCUGAUCGGGAUUAUAAUACUAAUUGAAGGGUAACUAUAUGUAUUCACUAAUAAUAGAAAAAUAGUGUUACAACUAGAUACUUGGUUCAACACAUUCGUUAUUCGCACUCAAAAAAAAAAAUAUGUAAAUUCUCCAAUAGCACCUACUUUAGAAUCAGUUCGAUUCUGAUGGCGCACAUUGGUUCGAUUUGAGUAUAAGUUUUCUCAGGAGACUCUUGGAUUACUUGAAUAUUUUGUAUUUCGUUUCAA